AUGAAAUAUUACAUGUUUUACGAAGGAUAUCUCCUGAAAGUUAGCCUUCCUCUUGCAGUGGUCUUUAUUGUGUUUGGUAUUUACACCGUUGUGGGAAAUGUGCUCGUCUGUUGCGUAUAUAUUAUUGACCCGUUCAAAAAUCUGCGGACCUUAUCGUUUUAUUACGUGGCAAAUUUAGCGUUUGCUGAUAUUUUAGUCGGUGUCCUUGUGGAACCUCUGAAUGUCUCUGUUUAUUGGACGGGGAGUGAGCCCGCCUUAUUUGCCUUCUACAUCUUUGCAGUGCUGUCAUGUGUUAGCUCCAUUCUUAACAUCUCCGCUAUGAUGAUAGACCGUUACAUUGCUGUCAGCCAGGCGUUUCGCUAUCGUGUUUUGGUGACAGAGAAGCGAGUGCGUCUUUCCGUCGUCUUUUUGUGGCUUUAUUCGUUCCAUUUUUCGCUGUUAGCGCUGCUGGGCUGGCGUCAAGAAAGCUUUCAGAUUUAUUUGUACUGUUUUGGAGUUCUCCUGCCAUCUGCCAUAAUGCUCUCGUCCUAUUACGGUUUGAUUCGAAUUCUCAGGAAGAAAAAUGCCAAACUUCGAAGAUUUUCGUCUCGUUGUCAAAGAACUGCGCAGGCGAAAAAAAUGGUACAAAAGGAGCGCCGGGUUUCAACCACGGUCUUUGUUAUGUUGGUGGUUUUUCUCACUGCGUGGUUCCCAUUUGUAGUGAUAGAUUUCGUGCUUGUAUUUUGUGCGCAUUGUCGAUCACAAAAUCUUCUGUUAGCGAGGGACAUCACUUUAUCCCUGGGGUUUUUCUCCUCAGGAGUUAACCCCCUGCUGUAUGCUUGGAGAGUUCGCCAAUUUAAACAGGGACUGUUGAAGAUCAUGAAGUUCCGAAGAAGGGAUAGUACCAACUUGAGGUCACAACGACGCCCGUCCAAGGUAGGGCCUUUUGUUUCAAACUUCUCACCGGCCGUGGUAGAGUUGAAUCCUUUAUCACCUCGCGACUUAGCGAAUGACGUUUCUUGA